AUGUCAAUGAUACCUACAACCACUCAAGGCGCCUCUGUGGUAGCCCUGCUGUGGCGACCCCACCCCCACCCCAACGAUAAGAUCCAUUCGUCCUGCCCCUCCAUCCUAUCACAUCCACCCCAAACAACCCUAUCACACUCAUACUUCUACCUUCAUCCGCUGGAGCUCUCUGCGAGUCUAGAUUCACCACUGAUUGAAUAUAUAGUGGAUAAAUUUACACGCGGAAUGACAGUGACCCUGUUACCUGAAGACCAACCCGUGUGUUACAUUGUGUUAGGAAUCUGGAUCUUCGCCGCCGCCAAGUCUACCCUGCCAAUAGCAUAUACACAAAGUAUGCCAUACUGUAUUCCAGUAUGGUGUGACGUGACGCACGUGAUGUUCUGCGUGACAGAACGUCCUACUGCAUUACUGAUCGUUUCCCGACACAAAAGGAGCAUUCUGGACACAUACCGGCAGUUAUUUGACAUAUUUGACAUUAUGCGGGACCGUCCUCGUGGCUUUGCAGAGGAUUAUUCUUUUGAAUCAGGGAUCCUCGCACUCGAAGCGUUUCAAGACCAGACCAGUGCGGGCCAUCGCGAUUGGGUGUCAGAAUUCAAUUCGUUGGUGCUACAUAUGCGCCUAGCUUUUAACCCUAGCCCUCACCCAACGACGCCACAUCUCUUCCUUGCAAGUCAAUUGAUCAGCAAAAUUCAACAUAGUUACGUCGGAUCUUGUCAUGAGUGGGUGAGAAAGAAAAUGCCCAUGAUGAGAAACGUGGAUAUCAUGCGUCAUGGUAUUGGAGAGGUUACCGACUGUAAUAUCGUAACGCGACGUGAACCCGUUCCCAACCCAGUCAACCCAACCUCCUCCCUUCCUUCAGGGAGUAAUUUGUACCCAAUUCGUCACAAGCCACUCUACACUCAGGGGAUCCUUGUAGAUACACGCGUGUGCCGUAGCGGGUUCUUGUGUCUCGCGCACGUAGGAACGAGCAGGACAAGUGGUAGUUUACUGCUAGCCGUACUUGAAGACAGUGAAGAAAACCAACAAAUAAAAAGGAUUGCUUCUCUGCAAUUGAAUGAAUUACUACCACACAUGCGAUCGGCGGUCCGAGCUUCCCAAUGGCCUGGCCGACAGAGUAGACUCCUGGCUGAUGAAGGCUGA